AUGGCAUCUCUACUCGAUCUGCCCACCUCGGCGGCCGAGCUGUCGGUCUACAUGACCCAACUGCAGCUGCACCUCAAGCUCUUCGUCCUGCAGACCGACCUGUACCUCUUCCAGCUGGUCCCUGCCUUACGUGCCAGCAGCGUGCGUUCGCCCUCGAGUGUCAUCUUUACUUUCCUCGUCGUGCUCCUCAUCUCGCGCAUCAGCUCCAGUGUCAACGCGUACGUCGCUGAGCAGGGCGUGUCGCUCACCAUCCCUGCUCCACCGCAAGCGCGCGCUGGGUGGACCGGAACAGUUCUGGACAAGCCGAGCAUUCGCGACGCGUCCAAGCCCGCCAAGAUUAUCUGUUACGACCCUGCUACUGCUUUCUUCAUUGGCGAGGUGGAUGCGGAUACGCCGGAGAGCAUUGCGCGCAAGAUCGGUGCUGCCAAGAAGGCGCAAGUCGCAUGGGGGCGGUCUUCCUUUGCUCUGCGUCGCAAGGCGCUGCGCACCAUGCAGAAGUGGGUUGUGCGCGAUGCAGAGACCAUCACCCGCGUCGCUGCGCGCGAUACGGGCAAAACCGCCAUCGACGCCGCGUUCGGCGAACUGCUGACCACGUGCAGCAAGCUCGCCUGGACCAUCAACAACGGCGAAAAAGUCCUGCGUACCGAAACACGGUCCAACAACCUGCUGCUCGCGCACAAGGUGUGUACCGUGCGCCACGAGCCCAUGGGCGUCGUCGCCGCCUGUGUCAGCUGGAACUACUCGGCACACAAUGUCAUGGGUCCUGUGAUUUCCUCCUUGUUUGCGGGCAAUGCGGUUGUCGUCAAGGCGAGCGAGCUCGUUGCCUGGAGUGCCACCUACUUUGUCGACGCCAUGCGCCAGUGUCUGCGCGUUUCUGGCUGCGACCCGGAGCUGAUCCAGCUGGUUACAUGCUGGCCGGACGCUGCCGAGGCCUUGACGCAGAGCCCGGACAUUGCCCAUAUCACCUUCAUCGGGUCCGAGGGCGUCGGCAAGCUCGUCGCGCAGGCAGCAACCAAAGAGCUCACCCCCGUGACGCUCGAAUUGGGCGGUAAGGAUCCCGCCAUCCUGCUCAGCGAUGCCGACCUCAAGCAAUUCGGCUCGACAUUCAUGCGCAGCUGCUUCCAGGGCGCCGGGCAGAACUGCAUUGGCAUCGAACGCUUCGUCGUGGACGCGGCGAUUAGCGAGCGCUUGGCGCGUAUUGUCGAGCCCAGGAUUCGUGCGCUCAAGGUGGGAAGCUUUAUGGACCAGUCGCGUUUUGGAAGCUCUUGCGCCACCAGAAGCAGCAAGCUCGACGCAGACGAGCGAGUGGAUGUGGGCGCCAUGAUCACCGAUGUCCGAUUUGACCGGCUCGAGCAGCUGAUCACACAAGCCGUGGCGCAGGGCGCCAAACUGCUUGUGGGAGGCAAACGCUUCCACCAUCCCCGCUGGACGCACGGUCAUUACUUCAGCCCGACUCUGCUGACCAACGUGACCCCAGACAUGGCGAUCGCGAACGAGGAGCUCUUUGCUCCUGUCUUCCUCAUCCUCCCCUUCCCCACCGCCAAUCUCGAUGCAGCCAUCAAAAUUGCCAACGGCACACGCUACGGCCUCGGCUCGUCUGUCUUUGGCAACAACCUCGAGCAGUGCACAUACAUCUCGGAGCGUCUUGAUGCGGGCAUGGUCAACAUCAACGACUUUGGCGUCAGCUACCUCAACCAGGCUCUUCCGUUUGGCGGAGUGAAAAAGAGCGGCUACGGCAGAUUUGCCGGUCCCGAGGGCCUGCUGGCCCUGACCCAGCCCAAGGCGGUCACGCGGGAUAGGGUGUUUGCGUGGAUCAGGACGGGCAUCCCGCCCAGGCUCGACUAUCCUUUGGCGAGCCCGGAUAAGAGCUGGGGAUUUGUACAGGGCUUGUUGAGGCUUGCGUACGGUGGAUGGGCCGUGAGGGUGCGAGGUGUGUUGGAUUUGAUUGUGAAUGGGAUGUGA